AAAUGGCGUCCAUGGACACAUCAAGAUCCACAUCAUCAAAUGAUUAUUCUUUAACUAUGGAUAAUUUCCAGUCACAGCCACUUGGUUCAAGUGAUUAUAAGUCAAAUGAGCCUGCUGUGUAUACUCCAUCAAAUGACGAGUUUCAAUUCGUACAACAAUCACCAAAUAUCGCGGGAAACAGAGUUGAGGGUACAAUGGAUAUGGCUGCAGAAUUAGCACCAUCAGACUCUGCAUAUGGAGUGCGACCUCGAGGAGCUGCAUCACAAUUUCUUGAUAGAAAAGGUUUCUCCUGGCUGCUGGAAGAGGAGGAUCUGGAUGAGGAGGAUAAACAACCACUCCUAGAGGCACUUGAUAUAGACCUGAAGGAUAUUUAUUACAAAUUGAGGUGUGUGCUGUUUCCUCUGCCUCAGCUUGGCUUCAACAGACAUGUAGUGAGGGAAAGCCCUGACUUCUGGGGACCACUGGUUGUCAUCCUCCUGUACUCUCUAGUAUCGUUGUAUGGACAAUUCAGGGUAGUAUCCUGGAUCAUCACCAUCUGGAUAUGUGGCUCCCUUAUUAUAUUUUUAUUAGCCAGGAUGCUUGGGGGUGAAGUGAGCUACUCACAGUGUCUCGGUGUGAUUGGUUACUCUGUCCUACCGUUGGUUAUCACAGCCUCAAUUCUUCCCCUGUUUAGAUCUCUACACUACCUAGGCCUGCUAAUCAAGCUGUGUGGUGUAGUAUGGGCGGCAUAUAGUGCUGGUACAUUACUGUGUGUCCAGGAACUCCAACACAAGCGGCCUCUCCUUCUCUACCCAGUUUUCCUCCUCUACAUCUAUUUCCUGUCUCUCUACACCGGUGCCUGAACCUCAUCAUCAUCAACAUGUGAAUCAUUUUGUAUGAAUUUGGAACUCUGUUACUCCACCAGCAUCUUCCUGGAUUCAUACAUCGAACGACUCUACACAUGAUUCUAGGCCUAAAAUACAACAUCAAGACGACUCCCAGAUCACCGUAUAGGACGGUGGGAUACAAAUAGUAACACAUGGCAGUCAUAAUCUCAUGAAUAAAUCCGUGUCGACAUGAUAAUAAUAGGUUAAUAUUAUCUGGAUAUAUUGUACUUGGAAGAAUGUGUUACAUUUUGUGUUUGAAAUUGUUGUGUAUGUGAUGAAACAGGAUAAUUUUGAUUGCAUACUGUAUAGUGUUAAAUUUCACGGGACUAGUAUUUCAGUUGUCCCAGCAAUCAACAUGUUUUACAAUAUUUAUUUAAAUAUUAAGACAUUGCUUUUUAUUUUUUUGAAUUGGCAAUUUAUCAUUAAUAUAUAUAUUUUUGAUCAUGUUGCAUGAAAUCAUAAUCUACCACAGUGCAUACUAAAACAGGUGCGUAACAAGGCUGCCCAAUAUCAAUGUGCAAGCCUAAUCACUGCAUAAUUAUGGAAAAUUAAUAACAUUAGGCUUGAUAAGCUUCAUCUAGUGACAAUGUAACGCAAGUGUAAAUAUUUGUGUAUAUAAAUACUCCCUAGGUAUUUAUUUUCCCACUAGAAUUAAUGACGGUGAGUGAAAUUAAAAUGACGGUGAGUGAAAUUAAAUUCCUCCCUAAUAUUACCAUCUAUAAUGUAGAUAGAACCAUCCGUGAACAAAAUCUUGAGGGAUAAAUCUGAGUAUUGCCCAAUGAAAGCAAAUUUGUGUCUGGAAAACCCUGACCAAACCUUCCUGAAAGGUUAACUACAUUUUCAGGUUAAAAUGUAUUUCUUAGUUCAACAAGUUGUCUAGUUCAUAUAGCAGAACGACCUUGGAUGUAUGGGAGAAAGGGAGUGUCAGCCAUAUCUGUGAUAUCAAGAAGCUGCUGGAGCUUCUCACACAUACUUUAGUCAGUCAAUUUUGUUGUAGACUGGGGCAGUCACAAAAAUGUUACAACUCACAUGAUCAUAGAGUCUGUCUACAACAAGAUUGUUAUAGUAUGAUUAUCUUAUGGAUGAAGUAACUUGUUCAAAGGAUUCAUAUCAAGACUUCAUUAAAUCAGAUAUAAUUUAUGCUUGGUACAUUGUAAAUUAGACCUUUGAUUGAUAAUAAAAUUUACAUGUAAAGGUACAUAGAGAUCUCUACAUUGUGCUGUGGACUAAUGUUGCUGGUACAAUAUUUGUUUACAUAUCUUUGGAGUGUCGGUUAUGUAAUGACUUUCUAAAGGGAAAACAAACUUUGUAUAUAAUGUUAAAUAAGAAUUUAAGGGAAUAUAUACUUAACAAUGAUAUGCAAAUAAUAUAUAAAUAGCAUCAUGUUUAUACAUAUUGUCAAUGCAAAUUAUUGUCACAAAAAGUUAUUUUAUCGUAGAAAAUGUUUUAAUUGUUUUAUAAUAAAACUAAGUGUGCAUAUAUAUAGAAAACUUCUGAUCAUGUGACCAGGUAACUAUUGAUCAUGUGACCAGGUAACUAUUGAUCAUGUGACCUGGUAACUAUUGAUCAUGUGACCAGGUAACUAUUGAUCAUGUGACCAGGUAACUAUUGAUCAUGUGACCUGGUAACUAAUGAUCAUGUGACCAGGUAACUAUUGAUCAUGUGACCAGGUAACUGUUUAUCGUGUGACCAGGUAACUAUUGAUCGUGUGACCAGGUAACUAUUGAUCAUGUGACCAGGUAACUAAUGAUCAUGUGACCAGGUAACUGUUGAUCGUGUGACCAGGUAACUAUUGAUCGUGUGAUCAGGUAACUAUUGAUCAUGUGACCAGGUAACUAUUGAUUGUGUGACCAGGUAACUAUUGAUCAUGUGACCUGGUAACUAUUGAUCAUGUGACCAGGUAACUAUUGAUCAUGU